AUGGAUUUAGUCUUAAAUAACAUUCAACUAUCGAAAAACCCAACUGUGGCGCCAGAUGAGGAGGAAAGGCCCCGAUUCGAAAUCGGGAAAAUGUGCAUUUGUAGGCACAAAGGUAGAAAAUACAGAGCAAAAAUUGUUGGAGAGCGAGUAGUGGAUGGAAUACUCCACUUUGUGGUUUAUUACGUGGAAUGCAAUGCACGAUACGACGAGGUGAUCCCAACGGAUUCCCCAAGAUUGAUGAAGAAUAAUGCGUAA